AAACAUUGAUAAAGCUUUGGAUUUAUUUAUCUUUUGUAAGAUUUUGGUUUAUAUACAUACACACGCAAACGCUUAUCAGUUCAGGUUUCCAGUAUCCUCUUCGAUCAAGGUUUUCGAAACCCUAGCAGAUAUCGAGAUCCAACAGCUCUGCUCAUCUCUUAGGUUUAUAAGAAAGUCGUCUGGAAUGAUGAUGAAGAAGGCGACGCAGGAGGAAGCUGUGGCGGAAACAGCGGUGUUUUGGGACGUCUUGACGUGUCCGGUGCCCCCUGAAUAUGAUGCUCGUCUGGUCGCUCCCUGCAUUAAACGGUAUUUGAAGAAUUUAGGCUACUCUGGUCCUCUCACCAUCAUUGCCAUUGGCCUACUAGCAGAGGUCUCCGAAGAAGUCCUGCAAGCGUUCUAUUCCACUGGAAUCGUUCUUAACAACGUCCCCUUGGGAGGUUCCAAAGGCAUUUUGGGAACUAUGUAUGAGUGGACCAAUAGUUAUCCACCUCCAGCUAAUUUGAUGCUCAUAUCCUCCCAUGCGUCUAUCUUCCCUCAUGUCCUUAGAAAGCCUCUUUAUUCUGGAUACAAUAUUUUUGAGCUGUGUCCAUAUGAUUCUCCUAAUCCUGAAUCCCUCUGGAAAGACUUCCUUCUGAAAGGUGCAGUACUGUGUGUGUGUGUGUUUGUCCUUUCUCUCACUCUGUGCUUGUAUUAUUUACAAGCAAAUCUCUUGGUUCAACCUAUAUCUACUUUAUUUUUUCUCCCCCACAGAUUCAGGCGCACUGAAGGAGGAUACGUGUCAUGGAACCUGUGAAACUCCCUCCUGGCUUUGCUCAGUAUGCUAUGAUUAUUUCUGCGAAGGAUUUGAAGAUUUCACCACCCAUAUCUCUAGUGAAGAACAUGAACUGAAUGCUACCUGGGUCGACAACCACGCUGGCGCUGCAAUAACGGUCUUUUGGGACAUCAAAAGUUGUCCUGUUCCUGCUGACUGUGAUCCUCAUCGGGUCGGUCCAACUAUCAGACAGUAUUUGGCGGAGUUAGGCUUCUCUGGUCCUAUCACCAUCAAUGCCUUUGGCCUACUAACUGACAUCCCUGAUGAUGUCCUGCGAGCGGUCUCUUCCUCUGGAAUCGUUCUUAAUCACGUCUCCUACGAUUUCGAUGACACAAUGACCGUUAUGUAUCUGUGGGCCUUUGGCAAUAAACCUCCAUCUAAUAUGAUGGUCAUAUGCCCCUAUUCAACAUUCUUAGGCGAUAUUAUUGACUUUCUACAAAAGUUUGGAUUCAACAUUAUUCAGCCGUUUCCAUGUCACGCUCCUUAUUCAGAGUCCCUCUGGACAAGAUUUAUUCUAGAAGAUUCAUGGGAAUUGGAAUUUGAGGAGGAUAAGUGCAGUGAAACGGGUGAACAUGCCGCUUGGGUUUGCUCAGUAUGCGACGAUAUUUCUGGCCAAGGCUUUGAAAAUUUCAAAAAGCAUCUUAAAAGUCGAGAACAUUUCAAAAAGCAUCUUAAAAGUCGAGAACAUGAACUGGAGAUGAACGAGGAUGCAGUUGAAUCCGCAGAUGAGGCUCCCCUUGAUUCUCUUGCUUCCACCAUGGACAAGAUAUCUUUGCAUGCUGGGCAUAAUAUCAACCAUGUUGGGAAAAACAUGGUUGUAGCCGGAGCUGUGGUCCCUUGCUUAUCUGUACAAGAAGCAACGGAAGGAAAAAUAUUACAAGCACACUUGAGGACAAACGGAAGACGUGAAGAAGAAUAAAACAUGAUUUGUUCUACUCCUAGCGGCAAAUUAGCUUAACUACUGUAAUAAUAAUUAUGCUUAUUUAAAAUUCUCGUUUUAUUG